GCGGCCGCAGUGGGGGUCAUGCUGGUCCUGGUCCUGGUGGUCAUCAUCCCCGUGCUGGUCAGCUCCGUGGGGUCGGGCGGCGGCGAGGACGGCGCCGGCCGCUACGAGAUGCUGGGGACGUGCCGCAUGGUGUGCGACCCCUUCCCCACGGGGGAGCCCGUCACCGCCGAGCUACAGGUGGAAGCCGGUUUGGGCGAUCACAGCAUCGGACCGCCGUUGCACACGUACGGUGCUCACGGCUCACCCGGCAGACACGGACACCCCGGCAACCCCGGACCCCCAGGCCCACCUGGAGAACCAGGUCCUCCGGGACCGAAAGGUCCCCCUGGGGAUGCCAUGGACGUGGUCCGGAAGGGGAUUCUCGGAUUCGGGGGCAAAGGCUCGGUCAGCACCACCACCUACACCACCACGCCCCGGGUGGCUUUUUACGCGGGACUCCGGAACCCGCAGGAAGGUUACGACAUCCUCCGCUUUGACGACGUGGUGACCAACAUCGGGGGAAACUUCGAGGGCGCCACGGGGAAGUUCACCUGUAAGAUCCCCGGCACCUACUUUUUCAUAUACAACGUUCUGAUGAGGGGCGGAGACGGCACCAGCAUGUGGGCGGACCUCAUCAAGAACGGUCUGGUGAGGGCCAGCGCAAUCGCCCAGGACCAGGACCAGAGUUACGACUACGCCAGCAACAAUGUCAUUCUGCACCUGGACGCGGGCGACGAGGUCUUCAUCAAACUGGACGGGGGAAAGGCCCACGGCGGCAACAGCAACAAGUACAGCACCUUUUCGGGCUUCAUUCUCUACGCCGACUAGCCGGGGACCACGGCGGGUCGCUUGACUUUCACUUGCAGCCAGGACGACGUUGCCCGUAGCCACCGAUCUGCGGUCGGGCGGGCGGAUUGGCGGUUACGGGAAACGGGUCUACCUCUUUGUCCAUUCAGGGUGCCUAUGCCGCGGUUCCGACAACCCGACCCAACGGCGACGAUUCCGACAGCGUCAUCUCCAAACACAUCUCGUUUGCUGGUGUUCUUGCAUUCUUCCUGUUAGCACGCUAAGAUGUGAACUCAGGCGUCGGAAUGAGAUUAUCGUUUUAGUGAAUAAGCUCUGAUAUUGAAUCUUGUCAGUCCGAGUCCUGUCUUGUUCAAGACCUUGAUUGAAUAUUUGUGCCAUUCUACCAUGUGACGUGCCAACUUGUGAGUGUCUGUUGAACUCAAGCAUGCAGCACCUGUCGUUACGAAGAGUAAUUAAAGGUCCACUAUUAUGCCAUUUUUCUGAUGACGUUCUAACAGUAAGAUUUAGGACUUUGUGAGAAUGAGGGUACUCUGCAGUGGACAUUUGUGUUUUGCUGAAGACUGCUAUUUUUUUCCACAUAAGAAAUUGACUAACAAAAAAAAUGUCCGCUGCGGAGGAUGCUGGUUGUCAUGGAAAUAUCCCAAAUCGGACAAUGCUUCACAAAUGUUGCGAAUUUCAGCAUAAAACGGUGACAACUGCCAAAAAACCCUAAGGAACGCUCUCUCGACUUAAGAAAAAUGUAAGAUUAUGAAAAAACCACGUACAAUACAUGUUUCUCUGGACUAAUACGCUAACUUCCGACAACUGCAAAAUUUGUAAUCUAUUUGCCAAUUUUGCAGAUUUUAGUACCAAAGGUCCGUAUAAACUGGUUAUAUCUGCCAAACACAUAACAUGCUGGUUGCCAUGGAAAUAUCCCAAAUUGGAAAAUACUUGACAAAUGUCGCAGAUUUCAGCAUAAAACGUCCAGACAAACUGGUAACAACUGCCAAAAAAAACAAAGAAACGCUCUCUCUCAGCUUGAGAAAAAUCUAAGAUAACGUAAAAACGAGGUACGAUCCAUGUUUCUCUGUAUUAAUACACUAACUUCCGACACCUACAAAAAUUGUCAUCUAUUUACAAAUUUUAGUAUCAAGGGUCCGUAUCAACUGGUUAUAACUGCCAGACACAUAAAAUGUCCACUGCGGAGGAUGCUGAUUGUCAUGGAAAUAUCCCAAAUUGGAGAAUCCUUGACAAAUGUUGUGGAUUUCAGCAUAAAUUGUCCAGACAAACUGGUAACAACUGCCAAAAAAAACCCCAAUGAACGCUCUCUCUCGGCCUGAGAAAAAUGUAAGAUCACGUAAAAACGACGUACGAUCCAUGUUUCUCUGUACUAAUACACUAACUUCCAACACCUGCAAAAAUUGUCAUCUGUUUGCAGAUUUUGCAGAUUUUAGUACCAAAGGUCCGUAUAAACUGGUUAUAACUGCCAAACACAUAAAAUGUCCACUGCGGAGGAUGCUGGUUGUCAUGGUAAUAUCCCAAAUUGGAAAAUACUUGAGAAAUGUUGCGGAUUUCAGCAUAAAACGUCCAGACAAACUGGUAACAACUGCCAAAAAAACCCCAAGGAACGCUCUCUCUCGGCCUGAGAAAAAUGUAAGAUAACGUAAAAACGAGGUACGAUCCAUGUUUCUCUGUACUAAUACACUAACUUCCGAAAACUGCAAAAAUUGUCAUCUAUUUGCAAAUUUUAGUACCAAAGGUCCGUAUAAACUGGUUAUAAAUGCCGGACACAUAAAAUGUCCACUGCGGAGGAUGCUGGUUGUCAUGGAAAUAUCCCAAAUUGGAAAAUACUUGACAAAUGUCGCAGAUUUCAGUAUAAAACGUCCAGACAAACUGGUAACAACUGCCAAAAAAACCUAAAGGAACGCUCUCUCUCGACUUGAGAAAAAUGUAAGAUUACGAAAAAACCACGUACAAUUCAUGUUUCUCUGUACUAAUACGCUAACUUCCGACACCUGCAAAAAAUUGUAAUCUAUUUGCCAAUUUUGCAGAUUUUAGUACCAAAGGUCCGUAUAAACUGGUUAUAAAUGCCGGACACAUAAAAUGUCCACUGCGGAGGAUGCUGGUUGUCAUGGAAAUAUCCCAAAUUGGAAAAUACUUGACAAAUGUCGCAGAUUUCAGUAUAAAACGUCCAGACAAACUGGUAACAACUGCCAAAAAAAACCCAACGGAAAGCUCUCUCUCGGCUUGAGAAAAAUGUAAGAUUACGUAAAAACGAAGUACGAUCCAUGUUUCUCUGUACUAAUACGCUAACUUCCGACACCUGCAAAAUUUGUAAUCUAUUUGCCAAUUU